AUGCAGCUUCUGUGCGAGGUGACCAGUCAACUCUUGAUCAGCGACGCUCGGUCGGCCUGUGCCAGCGAGCUGCUCCGGCAGGAGGCGGUCACGCUGUGCGUCAACGUGACCCGGCGCCAGCCCUUACCCGAGGCGCCGAUCGCCGGCCUACGCGUGGCCGUGAGCGACCGCCCCGACGAGGACCUCUACCUGCAUUUGGAGGCCUGCGUCGACACCAUCCGCGCCGAGGUCCGAAACGGCGGCCGCUGCCUGGUCUACUGCAAGAACGGACGAAGCCGCUCGGCCGCCGUCUGCGCCGCGUACCUCAUGAAGCAUCGCCGGUUACCGUUGGCCGACGCGCUCCAGAAAGUGAAGGCCGCCCGCCCCGUGAUCGCUCCCAAUGCCGGUUUCUUGGAACAGCUGCAGCGAUACGAAGACGAUCUAAGGAAAAGGCUACAUUCACCAUCGCCCCACAGAAGAACCACACCUGACGGGCCCACCUCUGCUCUGCAAAAUUCAUUGAGUUGA